CAAGCAGCGCAGGGGAGGGGACAGCCGGGCAAGCAGGAAGCUGCGGCUUAAAAGGGGCAGCUCGCGCCCAGCCCUUCCUCCCGCGGUCCAGGCCUGUGAGCUUUAGUCUUCUCCGGUCCUGCCGUUCUUGCUUCAGCCCGCCGCCAUGUACCGCCGCCUGGGCGAAGCACUGCUGCUGUCCCGCGCCGGGCCCGCUGCCCUGGGCUCUGCGGCCGCAGACUCAGCCGCGCUGCUGGGCUGGGCCCGCGGACAGCCCUCCGCUGCCCCGCAACCCGGGCUCGCCCCGGUCGGCCGGCGCCGCUACAGCGAAGCGGCCGCCGACCGCGAAGACGACCCCAACUUCUUCAAGAUGGUGGAGGGCUUCUUUGACCGCGGCGCCAGCAUCGUAGAGGACAAGCUGGUGGAAGACCUGAAGACCAGGGAGAGCGAGGAGCAGAAGCGGAACCGGGUGCGCGGCAUCCUGCGGAUUAUCAAGCCCUGCAACCAUGUGUUGAGCCUCUCCUUCCCCAUCCGGCGCGACGACGGCUCCUGGGAGGUCAUCGAAGGCUACCGGGCCCAGCACAGCCAGCACCGCACGCCCUGCAAGGGAGGAAUCCGUUACAGCACGGAAGUGAGUGUGGAUGAAGUGAAAGCACUGGCCUCCUUAAUGACGUACAAGUGUGCAGUGGUUGAUGUGCCAUUUGGAGGUGCUAAAGCAGGUGUUAAGAUCAAUCCCAAGAACUAUACAGAUAAUGAAUUAGAGAAGAUUACACGGAGGUUUACUAUGGAGCUGGCAAAGAAGGGUUUUAUUGGUCCUGGCAUUGAUGUGCCUGCCCCAGACAUGAGCACGGGUGAGCGGGAGAUGUCCUGGAUCGCUGACACCUAUGCCAGCACCAUAGGGCACUAUGACAUCAAUGCACAUGCCUGUGUUACUGGUAAACCCAUCAGUCAAGGAGGCAUCCAUGGGCGCAUCUCCGCUACUGGCCGUGGUGUUUUCCAUGGAAUUGAAAACUUCAUCAAUGAAGCUUCUUACAUGAGCAUUUUAGGAAUGACACCAGGGUUUGGCGACAAGACAUUUGUUGUUCAGGGAUUUGGUAACGUGGGCCUGCACUCUAUGAGAUACCUACAUCGUUUUGGUGCUAAAUGUGUUGGUGUUGGUGAAUCUGAUGGGAGCAUAUGGAAUCCAGAUGGUAUUGAUCCAAAAGAACUGGAAGAUUUUAAGUUGCAACAUGGAUCAAUUCUGGGCUUUCCCAAAGCCAAGGUCUAUGAAGGAAGCAUCUUGGAGGCUGACUGUGAUAUUCUAAUCCCUGCAGCCAGCGAGAAGCAGUUGACCAAGUCCAAUGCACCCAGAGUCAAAGCCAAGAUCAUUGCUGAGGGUGCUAAUGGACCGACCACCCCAGAGGCUGAUAAGAUUUUCCUGGAAAGGAACAUCAUGGUUAUUCCAGAUCUCUACUUAAAUGCUGGAGGAGUGACAGUGUCUUACUUUGAGUGGCUGAAGAACCUAAAUCAUGUCAGCUAUGGCCGAUUGACCUUCAAAUACGAAAGGGACUCUAACUACCACUUGCUCAUGUCUGUUCAAGAGAGUUUAGAGAGAAAAUUCGGAAAGCAUGGCGGAACUAUUCCUGUGGUCCCCACAGCGGAGUUCCAGGACAGGAUAUCGGGUGCGUCUGAGAAAGACAUCGUGCACUCCGGCUUGGCCUACACAAUGGAGAGAUCUGCCAGGCAAAUUAUGCGCACAGCCAUGAAGUAUAACCUGGGGUUGGACCUGAGAACAGCUGCCUAUGUCAACGCCAUUGAGAAAGUCUUCAAGGUGUACAACGAGGCUGGCGUCACCUUCACAUAGACCAUCACAGCUGACUCCUCUACCGCCCUCUUCACCUAUACUUUCUGCAGACCUGUCACAAGUUUACAUGUAACCACAGAAAUCUGUUCUUGUGACUAUUAGUUAAUGGACACUGUUCUCAACAAGUUGGUGGGAAUCAGCCCCUAAAGAGAAAGAGAUUAAGUUAGAGGAUCAUGUACAACUGAUGAGUGUAAAGUAGGAAUCACGUGUAUCAGAGCCGGUUAGGUGUUUGCUUUAGAUAGACUCUCUCCUCCUGGCUGCACUGCCUGGCUCUGGCGCAACCCAGCAGGGCCAGUGCUAUUGCCAAGGAAGGCAGUCGAGAGUAGGCAGGCGCUUCUGGACAAGCCUGGGAACUU